CUCACGACUCGCCUCUCACAGUCUCCACCACCAUCCUCCUCGCCUCCAUUCUCGCGACUCUCCUCGGCUCCUACCACUACCCCAGUGCCCCCAACAGCAACCACCACCACCACCGCAGCAACCACACACCUCGACGCCUGGCUGACGCUGAACGGCUCGUGCCCGGUUUCCAGGAACUUGCUGCUUCCAACCCCGCUGUCCACGCCGCUCUUGGAGGUCGUUUCACUCUCGCAGUACGCCGCGGAUCGAAGGCGGAGGAGGGUUUUGCCCGCGCGUCUGGAUCGCGAAACAAGAAUGGUAAAACUAUUUCCUUCUUUUGGUCGUUGCUUGCAAAGGCUUUUCUGUUAUGGUGGUGAUAAUCCUUGGAACCCUUUGAAGGGUCUACCACUUGUGCAGACUUUCCUCCUCCAUCCCUAGACAAACCCUUGUUGGUAGACGUACUGCCAGUAAUCGUGUGUACUAGUGAAGAUGAAGAUGGUAUCUCAUUGUCCCCAUGUCUGAUGACUCCUUGGUUUUGGCCUCAACCAUUGAAUAAGUUGGCAGUUGCAGGCCAGAAGAUUGUAACCCUCGAUUAUCCAAAGGAUGUAGCAUUUGAAGAGAUUCUGGGAUCAUCUUCACCAGGUUGGAUUGCCGUUACCAAUGCUGUUAACGAUGAUAUUGUACUUAUGAAUCCCUUCACUGAAAAAAUUGGUAAGGUCUAUCAGGCUACUCCUCCUCCAGUUGUUAGGCUUCCACCUACGAGUAUAAUGCCUCAAAUGGACAUAAUCAUAGAGCAUUGGAGAAGAGACUGUAUAGAGAAUGAGUUACGAAUAGAAAUAAGCUACGAUGAUUUCAUAUCUAACAUUGUUUGGUCAUCAAACCCCAUGUCCCCCGAUUGCACCGUGAUGGUUGUAUAUGGUCCAAAUAGGGAUGUUGCAUUCUGUAGACCUAGAGACAAGUCGUGGAGUGAUGCCUGCUUGGACUUGGAAUAUCGAGAUAGCUAUACGAAAUUACUAGUGUAUUCCACCAAGAGCAAAUUGUUCUAUGCCCAAAGGUUCGACGGAGGAACAUUUGAAGGUUGGGAUCUCCAACAAGCUUCUUGUCCUAAGAUGAUUCAUCGUCUUGAUCAUACUAAUUAUGAAUUUGAUCCGCCUACUCGAAAAUUCGAGUACUUGGUGGAAUCCUUGGGAGAUAUUCUUCUGGUUGUCAGGUAUUUAGGUCCGCCUACUCGCCCCCCUUCAAAGACACAAAGAUUUGAUGUUUUCAAGCUUGAUUUCCAACAGCAAACAAUGGAACGUGUGGAGUGCCUUGGUGAUCGUGUCUUGUUUGUAUGUAUGAAACACUCAUUUUCUGUCUCGGGCCAAGACUUCCCAGAGUUAAAUCCUAACUCUAUUUACUUUACUCACGAUGAUGUGGAAUAUUGGCCUGAAUCUUAUCAAACCAGUGAUGGGUAUACGUCAGACCGCGAAGAUUAUGACAUUGGAUUUUACUGCUUAGAAGAUCAUAGCAUCACACCCCUUUAU